AUGAAUCAUAUAAUUCAACAACCAAAGACAGCUCAAAAAUCAAAGAAACCUUCUAAAGUCGCUUCGAAACACCCAGAAAUUCAACCAAAUAAAAAUCUUGAAGAAUUAAGAAAUAAAGAAUGGACUGUUGCGAUCCAGAAGGAAAUCGAUUAAUUUGAAUAGGCUAUCCAUGAAGUUGAAGCUCUGUUCAAAGAAGCUUCAAUAUCUUAACAUUUAGUUAGUUUGGGAACUUUUAAAUUGGUUUAGGAUGAAUAUGAAUUUGCAGCAUUCAAACUACAACACUUGAGAGAGAUGCUCGCAAAAUACUCUGAUGAACACUCCAAAUACCAUCAAAUCAAAUAGAAAUUGAAGGUUUUGACAAAUAAGUAGGAUAAAAGUGCUGAGGACAAUGAAGCCAUUUAAAAGAUAACAAGGGAUCAAGAAAAUUUCAAAUACACUAUUACAAAAGAAAGAGAGAAGAUUCAAUUCCAAUUUGGAGUUGCUUCAAGAGUUUUGAUCCUCAUUCAAGUCUACAUUAAAUUGAAGGAUCAACAUGAGAAUUAAUAAGAACUCUAAAAACACAGAGAUUACAUCUUGUAGAAGAUCGAUAAGAUCAAGAAGACAGAAGAAAAGCAUACUAAAAGGAUUGAAAGACAUUUCAAUAGAAUAUAGGUAGAAGAUCCUGAUGCUCCUGAAGAUAUUGAAGUUGAAGAAGAACAGAGCGAAGAGGAAUAAGAUACUACUGGAAAUAAUACAGCAAGAGAGGACUUAAUAAAGUUGUGUGAUGGUUUGAUUUCUUACUUAACUAAGAUUGAGAAAAAGGAAGGAGAUUCAUUCUUAUAACACGAUUUGGCAACUUUCCAAUAUUUUGAUCAAAUUAGAGUGGCAGCUCCAUUUUAUUCAAAUUAAAUAGAUUUGGCUAUUGAUUUGAUUAAAACUAAAAGGACAUUUUAUGAAAAUGCACCUGAUAGUGAAUUUGUUAAAAAGGAAGUUCAAUAAGUAGUCAAGAAAUAAGAAUAAAAGGUUGAUGUUACCAACGAGUAGGAAUUUCCUAAGUUAUCAUGAGAUUAUUUUAUAAUCCUAAACAAUCAGUCAGAAUUCUUAUAAAAUCAGAUCA